UUUUUUUAACAGGAUUGCACGUUCUUCACUCGGAAGGAAAUCCUUCGGUUGCACGGCCGAUACUAUGAAAUGGCACCAAACGUUGUUCCCAUGGACUAUACAAAGGACCCAGAUGUUAAACUACCUAUGCAGCUUAUAAUAAACAUGCCUGAGCUAAAGGAAAAUCCCUUCAAAGAAAGGAUUGUGGAGUCUUUCUCAGAAGAUGGAGAGGGGAGCCUGAGCUUCAAUGACUUUGUGGAUAUGUUCUCUGUGCUCAGUGAAAUGGCUCCCCGAGAGCUGAAAGCGAUCUAUGCCUUUAAGAUCUAUGAUUUUAACACAGAUAACUUCAUUUGUAAAGCAGACUUGGAAAAAACCCUCAACAAGCUGACCCGGGAAGAGCUGACAGCAGAAGAAAUCACCCUGGUUUGUGAGAAAGUGAUAGAGGAGGCUGACAUGGAUGGUGAUGGSAAAUUAGGAUAUGCAGAUUUUGAAAACAUGAUUUCCAAGGCACCGGACUUUCUCAGUACUUUCCACAUAAGAAUCUGAAGAUGUUUCUGCCUGUCCAGCCUUUCUGAAUCUCAGGCACUCCAGGGGCUUUUUUUUCCUCUAAUGAGGGCUUCUUAGAACUCAGCAGAAAGUAYUGAAAUAAUUCUGGUCCACAAAGAGACAGAAACAUCAUGUGAUCUACAGGUUAUUUGGAACAGUCACAUUUUUAUCUUCACUGCUGGCCAAGCGCUCUGACAAAGAUGGUUGGUUGUUGGAUUGGGUUUUUCUUUUUUUCUUCCCCUUUUUUUUUAACAGUCAGAAGCAGAAUAUUAUUAAGGGUAUUUCCAUAUAGUUUUUAUAUUUAUGAAUAUUUAAUACUGCUCUUAAAAGUGCAAAAAAAAUAUUGAGAGGAAGAUUAGCUUUGGUAUGUUUUCCAAGAAUAUUUAAAAGAAAGAAUGGGCCUUAAAUAAUGAGAUGCCUCUAACACUGUGUUGUACAGCUGGGGAUCUUGCAUGGAAAAUAUCUGAGGUGAAAGAACUGCAGUCAACAUCAAGCUCCCCAUGUUGAAGACGACCACAGCCCAGGUUUGCCUUUCAGCCACUGAAAUGGCAACUGCUGGGUUUGGUGCUUACCUUCAACCAAUACUUUAUGAAUUGUUGUGUCCUUAUAAAACUUGAAAUACUUGCCUUUUCUAURUGAAAACUGCAUACGUGAUUAAUUUCUUCCCAAGAUAAACGGUAAAAUUGUGUCCUUAUUCUCAAAGGGGCUCCUGCAUUUUACUCAUUCUAUGGGCUGAUAAUGUUGAAUGGAGGAACACGGUCAUCUGUAACUCAUGAAGAAGUUGAAGAAGCACAGAACUACUAUUAAGGACAUGAAAAGACAUUUUCUUUCUAAACAAGCUAUGCAAUCUCUCCCAUAAAAUGCAUGAAUGCAGUUCUAUGUUUCUCUUCCCCCUCCAGCUGAAA